AUGCCAUUGACAAAAUUCUUGCAGACCAACAACAUCCUUAUUUUUGAAAAUCCAAGAGAAAUUGUUAUUCCUCCAAGUAAUGAUAUCGAGAUAUUCAUUGCACCCUUACUGGAUGUUGAAUCGAUCAUUAGAAAGUUAAUGAUCAACAAUCCCAAGAUCAUGUCCAUUCUUCCAUGUACAAAUAGCAAAGCACUCCAGGUAUUGUCUGCACUAAAAAGGUGUACACAAAAGCAAAAAUGUGGUAAAGAAUGUCCAUUCAAUACCGAGUUAUUCCACAAUCAUCAUAAAUUAAAAGAAGUCAGCAGUUGUACUGGGGCAGUUGAGGAGGGAACGGCCUUCAUUUGGUAUUCCUGGUUGAAAUCCACCUCUCUAAUUGACCAAGCGACUAAUCUCAUGUUAACAUGGGAAUUCAGAAUAUAG